AUGUCUUUGGAGCAGGAGCAAGAUGCUCUUCUAAAAGAGGAAAGCGAGAUCCGCAUUGACGCUUCAGACAACAAUUCGUCAGAGGAAGGCGACGAUGUCAUGGACGACUCUUCAGAAGAAGAAGAUGACGAUAACGAUGAAGAAGCGAUGCAGAAAGUCAGAGAGGGCUUUAUUGUUGACGAUGACGAAGACGACGAAAUUCUGCGCAAGAAGAGAAGAAAGCAUAAAAGAAAGAGAGAGAAGGAGAGGAGCCAGGAUGAGCCUAACGAUGCGCUAGAUGAAGACGACUUAGAGCUUCUCAGAGAAAAUGCCGGUGAGGCGCCACUGAAACCAUCGCAGAACAAGUUUAAACGUCUCAAACGAGCCGCUGGUGAGGAAGAUGGCGUGGAAGAUGGAUUGGCCGAGGACAGUACGGCUGCGAAACCAAGAGACAGGCUAACUGACUUUUUCUCUGAUGAUGAAGAGGACGAUGUUGGCGAAGCAGUGGGUGGCGAGGAAAACGUACGUGGCAGAGACGAGGGCAACAUCUUGGACGAGUUUGAAGAUUUCAUUGAGGAGGAUGAAUACUCGGACGAAGAAGAGGCCAAGGCACACAAGUUGCAGCAGCAGAGAGAACGGGCAAAGAGAAAGGGUCCGAAGUUGGACACACUGAAGCUCUCGAGCGUCGACAGGGAGAGUUUGCAGCAAUUGUUUGAAGUCUUUGGCAAUGGUGCAGACUACGACUGGGCGUUGGAAGCACAGGAUCUUGAGGAUGAAGGUAACAACGAGCAAGAGCCUACAGCAUUGGAUGAGGUGUUCGAGCAUUCCGAAUUGAAGGAUCGAAUGCUCACAGAGGAAGAUAAUUUGAUUCGUAUCAUUGAUGUGCCGGAGAGAUUUCAGAAGUACAGGGCUAACCUCAACUACAUGGACUUGGAGGGUGUGGAAUUGCAGCGUGAAAAGAAGUGGGUUGCCGACAUUUUGUUUACAGAAAAGCGCCAGACGUAUGACGGGCCACUCAAGGAGCCCUUCUACGAGGCGGUGGGCAAAGUGGUGGAAUUCAUUUCUAAAGACAAUUGGGAGGUUCCCUUCAUCUGCGCUCACAGACGUGACUUCUUGAUCCACACCGAAGAAAUACAAGAACCGGACGGAUCUGUUCGCAACACAGUGCAUAAGUUGCUUUUUGAGGACGACUUGUGGCGUAUAGUGCGUCUAGACAUCGAGUACCACACUCUCUACGAGAAGAGAGUCAAUACAGAAAAGUUGAUCAAUGAAUUGAGCCUUGAUGACGACCUAGUGAAGGACAUCCAAUCCGCUGACAGCAUGGUAGCUGUUCAGGAUUUACAGGACUACAUCAACUUCACCUACUCUGCUGAAAUCAAGAAGCUUAACGACAGCAAAGAACAGGAACAGGAUGGCCAGGAAGAUGAAGAUAGGAAACUGGGCAAGAAACACUCAAGAUAUGCCAUCUUUGAGCGUAUCAGAGAAAACGUCUUGUACGACGCCGUCAAAGGAUAUGGUAUCUCUGCAAAAGAGUUCGGAGAAAACGUCCAGGAUCAAUCUCUCAAAAAUUACGAAGUCCCUUAUAGAAUUCACGCUACGGACGACUCGUAUGAGACUCCAGAGGAUAUGAUCGAGAGGCUUGUUGAGGACGACGAAAUAUUGUUCAAGGACCCUAAGAACGCCUUGAGUGCCGUGAGAAAAACUUUCGCCGAAGAGAUCUUUCACAACCCUAAGAUAAGAUCUGAGGUCAGACAAGUCUAUAAAAACUUUGCAUCCAUCUCAGUCGCAUUAACCGAAAAAGGUCGUUCAAGUAUUGACAGUCAUAGCCCCUACGCCCUUAUUAAAUACGCUAAAGGCUACUCUCCUGCUGACUUGGUGAGCAGACCUGAUGUCUUCCUCAAAAUGCUUGCCGCCGAAGCGAAUGGAUUGAUUGUUCUAAAGAUCGAAACUUCCGAUUACGACAGCUGGUUCCAGUCUAUUCUCAAUUGUUUGACCUCGGAUGGAACAUCUGAAGUUUCUGAAAAAUGGAACAAGGAGAGAGAAAUCACUUUGUCCAUGGCUUUCAAGCGUUUGACUUCUAUGGUGGCAAUGAAUACAAAGGAGGACUUACGUCGUGAAUGCGAGCGUCUUGUCGCAGCUGAGCUCAGAACCAGAUUCUUGGCCAAAGUGGAUCAGGCGCCGUUCACUCCCUUCGGUUACGAUAAGGGAACCAAACCUAACGUUUUGGCAUUGUCUUUCGGCAAAGGUGACUUCGACAGCGCCGUUGUUGGAGCAUUUGUUAGAGACAAUGGAAGAAUCAGUGAAUACUUCAAAUCUGAGAAUAAUCCAACAAGGGACAGAGAAAGCGGUGAACGUUUCAUGGGUCAGCUCAAGGAAUUCUUCGACACAAGACUUUAUAACCACAAGCCAGAUGUCAUCGUUGUUUCUGGAUACAGCGCUAAUACUAAGAGGCUCUUUGAUGUGAUCAAGAACUUUGUUUCAAAGUACGAAAUUCUCUGCAAUGUCGAAGAUCUACAAGAUCCAGCUACGCCACCUUUGCUUCCUGUAAUAUGGGGACAGGACGAGACGGCGAGAUUAUAUCAAAAUUCAGAAAGGGCCGUCCUUGAGCUCUCCGAUAAGCCUCCUUUGGUCAAGUACUGUGUGGGUUUAGCAAAGUAUGUUCAAAGUCCUUUAUUGGAGUACGUUUCUCUUAAAGAAAACAUAAUGUCAUUGACAUUUUAUGAGCAUCAAAAACUUCUCCCUGAGGAUGCUAUUCUAGAGGCAUUUGACACAGUGUUUGUUGAUAUCGUCAAUAUGGUGGGUGUUGAGAUCAACGAGGCACUCCGUGACCCGUAUUAUGCCCAGCUUCUACCCUAUGUUGCUGGUCUAGGUCCCAGAAAAGCUUCCGGCUUAUUGAGAAAUAUAACUGCUAAACUCGGCACUUUGACCACAAGAAGUGACUUGAUUGAGAACGAACUCUCUACAGCGAACAUUUUCUUCAACUGCUCGUCAUUUUUGAGCAUUCCAUAUGAUGAAGGAGUUACUGUCAUGGACUCCUCCAUUGAGUUGCUCGAUGCCACUCGUAUACAUCCUGAGGACUACAGUUUGGCCAGGAAAAUGGCUGCCGACGCGCUCGAUUUGGACGAGGAGGACAUGGCUCAUAUUGACGAGCAAGGUGGUAUUAUCUACCAGUUGAUGCAAGAAGGUGUGAACAAGGUCGAUGACCUAAACUUGACUGCUUUUGGUAAAGAGUUGGAAUCUAAGUUCGGCAAAAAGAAAUACGCCACCCUUCAAAGUAUCAAGGAAGAGCUUGUUAACAACUUUGAGGAAUUGAGAAGAUCAUUCCAUCUCCUUGAUCUCAUCGAGGUGUUCAGAAUGUUAACUGGUGAAAGCGCUGAAACCUUCAACAGAGGCACAAUCUGUCCGGUCACUAUUAACCGUGUGGGUAAGAAUUUCCGUGACGAGAAUGCAAGAGUUAAGUUCUUGCGAGUCUCGACGCCGUCUCAGAUUAGUGGUACAGUUGAGGAAGGUCACAUAUUGAAGAAUUCAGACUAUCAACAAGGCGAUGUCAUUCAGGUUGUCGUUUUGGACGUCAACUACGAGUCUUUCUCAGCAACUUUCAGUGCGCUUCCUGAAGACAUAAAGAAAGCGUCAGGACCGAAAUUUUUCAAGGAUCCUGCAAAAUGGGACUUUCAACAGGAAGAAGCAGACAGACAGAAAGAAAAGGCAAAAGAGAAUGCUAAGCUUGCCAAAACCAGAAAUGUUCAGCACCCAUUAUUUCACAACUUCAAUGCAAGACAAGCAGAAGAGUACUUGGCACCACAGGCUGUCGGUGAUUGCGUGAUUCGUCCAUCAUCCAGAGGCCCAGAGUACUUGACUGCAACUUGGAAAGUCGCAAACAAUUUAUUCCAGCACCUCAGUGUCAAGGAAAUCACUCACAAUGCUGGAAAAGAGUAUGUGGUUGAGGGCAAAAAAUACGCUGACUUGGAUCAAAUGGUGUUCCAGCAUGUUCAGGCCAUUGCCAAGCAUGUGAAUGAAAUGUGCCGUCAUCCAAAGUUCCGUGAGGGUACCCUUCAAGAGGUCCAUGAGUGGUUGGAAUCGUACACCAAGGCCAAUCCUAAGAACAGUGCCUACGUUUUCUGUUACGACCAUAAGGCACCAGGGUGGUUCUUGCUUCUAUUCAAGGUCAAUGUGAAGACGCCAGUGACAACGUGGCACGUGAAGACAGAAUGCAACGGGUUUGUGUUGAAGGGGUUCUCGUACCCCAACAUGAUGAGAUUAUGUAACGGUUUCAAGCAAACAUUUAAGAGUCUUGUCAAUGACAAGUCUAGGGGUCACAGUCAGCCUUACGGAGGUUACGGCUACUAA